CAAAAAGGGGAAACACGACUGAUUAAUAAUAAAAAUAUAGAACGUGAGGCAUACGCGCUAGAUCAGGGCCGUAGAUAAAUAAUACCACGAAUAAACAAAACAUGGAAAAUACGCUAUGACCCCAUGACUCACUCUCUGUUUUCUUCUUCUUCAAAACCAAAAAACAAUUAAUCAACGCAGCAAAGAAAACGCUCUCUCUCUUCUCUAUAAAUCUUUGUAUCAUUUGUUCCUUCAUCUUCCUCAAAGGAACAGAGCCAUGAGAACAAAGAGCAAAGGUAAAGUUCACCCAUCUCCUUCUCCGCUUCCACCAUCUUCUUCUUCUUCUUCCAAAGGAGACGACUGUCUCUCUGCCCUGAAGCUUCUCCCCGCCGUGAUUCUCGUUCUCGUCUCCGCUCUCACCCCAGAAGAUAAGCAAGUCCUCGCUUACUUAAUCACUAGGUCACUCAAAACCACCACCAACACUACCAAAGGAAGAAGCUCUUGCGAUUCGAAAAUCAAGAAAUCAAGAACUCAUCACAAAGCUCCCGUUUCCGAUUGUGAAUGUUUCGAUUGCUACACGAGUUACUGGCUUAGAUGGGACUCUUCCCCUAACCGUGAGCUCAUCCACCAGAUCAUCGAAGCUUUCGAAGAUCAUCAUCUCACCAACGGCGGCGAGAAGAGCUUGGCUUCUUCUUCUUCUUCUUCCCAGAAAUCAAACGGCAGAGGAGGGAAGAAGAAGGAUAAAUCUGGUCGUCGCCGUGUCGAAAGUGAUAGUAAAGCCACGGAAGAACCGGUGGAGCCCGUGGUGGUGGUGGUAGAUUCCGAUGAAGUGAAAUCACCGGAAAUCUUGACGUUGCCGGUGGGGGCGGAGACUGGGCACAAGGGUUUGAUGAGGAAGCUAUUACCGGACGUGAUGGGUUUAUUCAAUUCGCGUUUUUGGAGACUUUGGAAUCCGAACGCGUAGAUGCAUCUUCGGCUCCAAAGCUCUUUCUCUCUCUCUCCUUUCGUUAUUUUAAAACAAGUGCUUGUUUUUUUGGAGUCCAAAACAAAGCUAAAUGCUUUUUUGUUUUAUAUGUAUUUGAUAGAACUCACUUAGUUAUGCUGUUGUAUAAUACUGAAGUGGAGUCUUUGAUGAAAAGACAGAUGUUGCUGUGUAUAUAUUUUUCUUUUGUUCAAUAAAAAUGCAGCAGGCAUAUUAUCUAUAAAUCUA